AUGCGACAACACAGAAUCAUCGCAGGUGAUACUUUUUUUACUCUCAGUCAAAAGUACGGAUGCAUACUCGAAGCAAUACUCGCUGCGAAUCCUGGCGUGAUACCUGAGAAAUUACAAAUUGGUCAAAUUGUGAAUGUACCCGAAAAAAAAGAAGAAAGUCUAUGUAGAAACUCACACGAUGCUAAUUUUGCACCUGCGCUCCUCCAGUUCUUGCAGAUAAAUACAGGCCUUAAUGGAGAACAGUGGGACAAUAUUAUGAAGCUUGUAAACAAACCCGAACAGGAUUCUCUCGAUUGGACACAAUACUAUGGCUAUUGUGAAAACAUCAAUGAUGGUCGAGGUUACACAAUAAGCAUUUUCGGUGCAACAACUGGUGGACCCAAUGAUAUGGGACCCGAUGGCCCAACAUUAUUUAAAGAAUACGAUUCUGUCAGCGGAGCCAAUAAUCCUUCUGUUGAAGGAGGCUUGAAGCGUAUCGAUAUUCAUGGCCGAAUGCGAGACUCCAUUUUGGAAAUUACCGACAGUUCCAACAAGUUUUGUGAUAAAAUCAGUGGUUUGCAAAAUGAUGCAUUCUGGCGAGAGGCCGUCUGGCGUACGUUCUACAAUGUAUAUAUCAAGUACAGCGUCGAACAAGCUCAUCAACGCGGUUUUUAUUCCGCUCUUACAAUUGGUUCUUUUGUAGAUACGGCGCUGAAUCAGGGUGCAACUGGUGGUUAUGGAAGUUUGGAGGGCGUGCUCUCCAGAUCUGGAAGUAGUACAGAUGAGAAAACUUUCAUGGAGAAUUUUUAUAAGAAACGUAGCUUGGUUGUCGACACCAAUGAAUACAAUCAACCACCUAACGGAAGUAAUCGUGUAAAGCAAUGGAGUUCUCUUUUGAAGAUGGGACAAAUGGAUCUUCUAAAUGCUGAUACAGUCAUUCUGAAAGUGACAAAUUGGGAAUUGAAAUAA